AUAUGACAAUUUUCUCAGUAGUAAAUGCUUGUCACUCGUCAGGAAAAGCACAUUUUCCUCUUCUUUUGCGUUCGUUCGCAUCGUGAUCGUGGGGGAUGGGAAAUGACCUGUCAAUGAUAAACUAAUAAAGAUGCAAAAAUAAAAUUUAAGUUUCGUUUUGGUCGGGGGUGAAGCUAGAGAAUUUAAUUAAAUUAAUUCGAAACAAAAAUGGAUCUGAUACAGCCGGAAGAGGAAAUCUCAGCGAUAAACGGCGGUGAUGAAGGUGAUUUCGAUGAAAUUAGACAGCUGUUCGAUGAGAGUGCACAAAGGCUAGUUAGACUGAGGCCAAGUGAUGUGUGCAAUCAAAGACUGUUCUACAACAAUAAUAACGACAGGCAUAUGACCAGCUUCCCGUCAGCACUGGAAAUGAACGCAAUGUCGGUCGUUAGUUUAUACGACCAGGAUUAUACCAAAGAAAUGGAUUGUGAUGACAAUUUGAACGAUAGACCGAAAAGUGUCAUCAACUUGAAUAUUUUGGAGAACUUUGAUCUUGAUGGUGAAGAUGGUGCUACCACCCACCUACCUCAUUCACCCAGAAAUGUACACACCAACGACACACCGGAUCGAAAGGCACCGAAUCCGUUCGAACACGCCGAAGACUUAUCCAAUUCACUGUUUUUUGUCGACGGAUUGCGAUCGAUUGAUUUCGUUUGUGUGUGGUCACCGGCCGACAAUGAAGAGACUGAAGAAUCGCGUACGCGACGCCGUUUAACUUUCGAGGAUAAUCUUGAGGUGGAAGGAUUGCACCUUGAACGUGAAGUGGUCCAAGAUGAUUUGCAUUUUAUUAAAAUUCACGCUCCGCUUGAAGUUCUGCGACGAUAUUCAGAAAUUUUAAAAUUGCGGAUGCCUAUGAAGGAGUCCUUAUGUAAAGUUCACGAAAACGUAAGAUUUAGUUCCAUUUCCAAUGCAGCACUGUUUAUUUCCAACAAGAUUCCCGGAUUCGAUAAAGUUACCAAUCAAACCACAACCAUUUACACUCAAGUGAAAGGCACCUGGACGAAAUGGAAGAAACGAUUCAUUGUCGACGAAGAACAUUUUCCGCCCAAGUCUCAUCGUUUUACUGCCGUCUAUAGCCGAGACAAAGAAUACUUGUUCGACGUUCAUCACCCAACAUUUUUCACAGCUGCCAUUCGAUCGCGAAUCGUGAAAUUCAUUUUGGAUAGAAUUCGAUUUUCGAUUGACAUGAGUGAUUCGCAUGCGUUUGGCAUUGAUCGACUGAUAUCGGAUGAAGUUUACAUAGCUGCCUAUCCGUUACAUGAUGGUGAGAUACGCGCCAAAGGCUGCAUGCGAAACUUGCUGUCGUACGAAUGGGCGGCUAUCUCGAAGUGGUAUCGUUACCAACCCGUCGACUACGUAAAAGACUAUUUUGGCGUCAAAAUUGGUCUGUACUUUGCAUGGCUGGGUUACUACACGUAUAUGUUGAUGUUGGCGUCAAUAUUCGGAAUUUGUUGCUUCGUGUUUUCAUGGCUUACGUUGGAUGAUGAUAAACCGAGCCAAGACAUUUGUUCAGGUGCUUUAGAUAUUAAAAUGUGUCCGUUGUGUGAUCAUUGGUGCGACUAUUGGAAGCUGGAAGAUGCGUGCUUUCAUGCUCGAACGACUUAUUUGUUUAACAAUUCGACAACGAUAGUUUUUGCGGUUUUUAUGUCCUUUUGGGCAACACUGUUCCUGGAACUGUGGAAACGAUAUUCUGCCGAAAUUACUCAUCGUUGGGAUUUGACUGGUUUUGAUGUACAUGAGGAGCACCCGCGUCCCCAAUAUUUAGCUCGUCUUCAAAAUGUAAAGCAAAUGCGAAUCGACUUCGUGACAAAUUCCAAAGAACCACAGCCACCAUUCUGGCGAAUGAAAUUGCCGGCAACUGUUUUCAGUUUCACCAUUGUCAUACUAUUGGUUGCGUUGGCCGUUGCUGCUGUUUUGGGCGUCGUUCUGUACAGAAUGUCAAUGCUAGUUGUGCUGACUAGUUUCGGAAAGGAUAACAUCACCAAUUCUGGCGUCAUUUUCUUUACCACGGCGACAGCGGCUAGCAUCAAUUUAUGCUUAAUUGUCGUCUUUAAUUGGAUUUACACUGGUCUGGCUGAAUAUCUAACGGAAUUCGAGCUGCUCAGAACGCAAACGGAAUUUGACGAUUCUUUGACGCUCAAAAUUUAUUUAUUGCAAUUCGUCAACUACUACGCUUCCAUCUUUUACAUUGCGUUCUUCAAAGGGAAAUUUAUUGGCUACCCAGGCAACUAUAAGCGGUUCUUCAAUGCAAGACAGGAGGAGUGUGGUCUGGGUGGUUGUCUCAUGGAACUGUGCAUUCAGCUUGCGAUUAUUAUGGUUGGCAAGCAGUCAAUGAACACGGUCCUCGAAAUGUUACUGCCAAAGUUCUACAAAUGGCUGAAUUCGAUGAAGGUGUGGAAAAAGAACAAAUCUCAGUCGACCCGAAAAGACAACCAACGAUGGUUAAGAGAUCUGAAAUUGAUUGAAUGGGGUCCGCGCGGUUUGUUUUCGGAAUACCUGGAAAUGGUGCUGCAGUACGGAUUUGUCACCAUAUUUGUGGCUGCGUUUCCGCUCGCACCAUUUUUUGCAUUGCUCAAUAAUAUCCUGGAAAUGAGAUUGGACGCCCAAAAGCUGUUGACAUUCUACCGACGGCCAGUGACGCAACGCGUACGAAACAUUGGAGUGUGGUACAGAAUAUUGGACAGCAUCGGUAAACUAAGUGUCAUUACUAACGGAUUUAUCAUUGCGUUUACAUCCGACGUCAUACCACGCUUGGUCUAUCGUUUUCAAGUUUCCGAAGACGGUACCUUAGAUGGAUAUUUGAACCACUCGCUAUCCUAUUUCCGCACCACCGAUUUUCAAUUGGGCAGCGCACCGAACAACUCUAAUUACACACUCGAAUUCUGUCGAUAUCCCGACUACAGAGAACCGCCAGACUCGGCCCAUCCGUACGAACGAACAUUAUUUUAUUGGACGGUAAUGGCGUCGCGAGUUUGUUUCAUUGUCGUAUUUGAGAACUUCGUUGCGAUGGUAAUGAUUUUCGUCCGGUGGUGCAUACCUGACAUACCUGCAACGCUGAGAGACAAAAUUAGACGAGAGGCUUACAUUACAAAUGAGAUUAUUAUCCACCAAGAGUCUAUGAAGGUGAAGUCAGAACUAACCAACGGAUCCAGUCAUAUGACCAUCAAUGAACCGGUCUCGGCUACGGCAAACCUCACCAAAUUAGAGCAUUUAAUACAUACGAACGACUUAUCACCAGCCGACCCGGAAUUGCCUAUGCGUGGAGAAACCAAUGAAUCUUCAGGUAAAAAUGAAUCUCCUACGAGUAGUUCGACGCCCGUUUAAAAUUUAAGUUUUCGACGUGAAAAGUUUAAUUGCUUCCUAUUUACCGUGUACUCAUUUAUCGAACAUUUAAGUUUUUUUUGCCAUUUGAUAUUUCAUGAAAAGUUGUUUAACUUUUGCCGUUGUGUUGUGAAAUCCUAUUAUUAUAUGCUUAUGGGGAGUGAGAUUUUCGAUUAGAUUUUACGAUAAAUCAUUUUGAUGAAGGGGAUUGGUCGAUGACGUAAUUGUUGAUUGAUUGGACGAUUGCUUCAUUGAAAUUUCAUGUUGCGAGUCUAAUGUACUUAAAACUACAAUCGCUAAACCGAA